AUGCCAGCUGACGCUCUAAUCAUCGGCGGAGGCCCAGCUGGGUUGAAGGCAGCAUGGGACUUAGGUCGAGGGCAUCAUCGCACUAUCUUGUUCAGCGCGAGCAGUGCUCCAGCGGACAAAUGUGAUGAGCAGCUAAAUUUGUCACCGCGCCCAGGAAGCAAGUUUUUUCUAGAAGGCCCGUUUGGGAACUCUAGCUUCUUGGAUCUUGCCCAGGAGGAAAUCCAGCAACAGGCAUCUCAUGUCUGCAUUGAACGACGACGCAUCAUCAGGGUGAAGCGCCUUGCCGAUGGGAUCUUUCAAGCAGAGGACCCAGAUGGCAACUCCUGGAGGGGACGACUUCUAAUCCUCGCCCAUGGCUCCGUUGAGGUCUUUCCGGGUAUAGCGGGAUAUGGUAAUUGUUGGCGGCAGCAGCGCAUACAAACGAUCCCACCUACACAACAACUACCAGGUCAUGUCUCUGCGAGAGGUGUAGCGAUCCUGGCUGUUGGAGAGCUGGCGGAGCUUACAACGGCCCUACGCACCAUUUGGCGGAUCCGACAAUACAACAGUCAAGUUCAUGUCUACACCAAUGGCGAUCACGAGCUGGCGCAAGCCCUCCAGACCCGGAAACCGCCGGACACGGGAAUCACAAUUGAAGGAAAAGGCAUUCUACGCCUUGAGCCUGACAUUAGUACAUCCUUGGGCGUAGUCAUUUACCUGCUCGAUGGCACUGCUACAACAGAAGCAUUUCUUUAUCACUGUCCGACCCCGCAGCUUUGUGGACCAUUUGCGAGGCAAUUGGACCUUGAGUUGGCGGAGUCAGGCGCCAUCCACGUUUCAGCGCGUGCGCCGUAUAUGACCAGCAUGGACGGUGUCUACGCGGCUGGUGAUUGUACCUCGUUGGACAGGCGGACCCUGUUCAAUGCACUGUCUAUGGGUGAAGGGGUCGCAGCGUCGGUGGCCGCUCGGUUGGAGCAGGAGCAAUGGCCGGAUUUGGAGAGUAAAAUUGACUGA